GUCAGCUUCUGAAAAAAGUACAUAAAUAGCUGUGCAGUGUCUCAAAGUUCACUGUGUUAGAGGUGUUUUAGUCCUUCUUAUUUUCAACUUCUCAGAGUGCUGACUGAACACAGAGAAGAGGGAAGGCAGAGGAAAAGAUUCUGAAUAAUGGGGGCCUCGGUGUCUAUAAGGAACCAAACCCCUUACACUUGGCACUACGAACUUGUCGGCGACGGAGGUGGCAGUGGCACGUUGCAUGGUUGGGGUAGUGUAGAAAGAAAACUCAACUCUAGGUGGAUCCAUUGCUACCUAAAGUUAAGAUAUGACAAUCACAGUAGCAACUCCUUCUCAUAUGAAUUCAACAGUCACAAGCAGGACGGGAGUCAAACAUUCACUAUUAUAGAAACCAGUGGCCGUUCACUUAUUCAGCUACUGUGCGACACAGAGUCUAAUAGUCCAACAUGUCCAAACUAUGGGAAGCAAGAGGAAGACCGUAUCCGUCAGCAGCAGGAGGAGAUGGAGCGGCGAAGACAGGAGGAGCAACGAAGACGACAGCAGGAGGAGAGGAGGCGCCAGGAGCAACUGGAGAGGGAGAGGACGAUCCAGCAAGAAAUCGAAAGGGAGAGCGAACUUUCGGGUAGGAAGGUGUCAAAGGGACGAGAAAAGCUGAGACAGAAGCUGAGUCUAAAAGGACAACAGCGCCAUCACCAGCGUACACAAGUACUACACCAGAUGAUAGAAGAUGACGCUGCAGCAAUCAAAAGGGAUGAGCACGGGGACUUGAAAAAUAAGUUUGAUGAACUUCUGAAGAAAUACAAGAUCACUGAAGACAAAAGCAUGCAAGAGGACAAACUUGAAAACCGAAUGAAAAAUCUUCAGAAUGAACUAACCCUUCAAUACUUUGGAGAGCCUCAACUGUCCAUCUGGUGUCAGUUGACCAUAGAUUGUGCUAUCAGCCAAGGAGAGCAAUCACUCACCGAGCGGUUUAGCAUCCUCACGGCUGUGACAGAGCUAACGUUGACCAACGACUCGGACACAGACAGUAAAGAGGACCAACUACCUGACUGGGACCAGAAGUAUGACUUUCUCAUCAGUCUUCUUGAACAGCUGUACAGCACAAAUCCCACAGUGGCUCAAAAACUUGUUCUGAGCAUUCUUGAUGUGUUCACAGAGGUGUCAGAGAAAAACAAGGGGCUCCUUAGUCAAAUUCUCUUCAACAUGAUCUGGACACCUUCAGAAAUUCUGCUCUUUUUGCGAGGUGUUUCAGGCAUAAACCAAGACUUAGCAACCUCGAUCCUUCAAACAAGCUGGAUCUUCUCUCUACUCUCUCUGCUCUGAAAGAUAAAGACCCUGUCAACUCUCUACAAUGGUAUGCUGAGGCAGAAGGGGACAAGGAUGCCGACACCAUUGUGAAUGAAAUGCAAAAUGAAAAGUACCCAGAGAAAAUAUUGUCCAUAAUGAAGGAAAUUCUAGGAUACAUGACAGAGGAACUUCCAAAACAUGCAAAGGAGGACUUGGAUCAGGUAAAGAUAGAGGAAGCAAAGCAGAUGAUCAAGUCACUGGAUUUUACUAACCCUGACCUUGCUGUUCUCAAGGAGGUCCUAAUAAGGAUGUCUAUUGCUGUGCAAGACUGCUCAACCAUUUACACUCAAAAUGGUAAGAAAAUAGAAGGCUACUUUCCCCGACUCACUCAGUUGGCAUCACUGCUCAUGCUCCUUCUACCAAAGUUAACAGGGAAAAAAGGUAUCCUUCUGGAAAUCGGCACAGGUGAAGGAAAAUCUUGCAUCUUGGCUAUGUUUGCCACCAUCCAGGCUAUCCGUGGCACUAAGGUUGACGUUGUGACCAGUUCUCCAGUCCUUGCUCGCCGAGACCAAGAGGAGUGGAAUAAACUGUAUGACAUGUUUGGUGUCACGUUCUCUGAUGUGCCACCACCACAGAUACAGGGAAGCUCCCCUGAAAGCAGGGAUAGUAGGCUACAGGAAGCUUACAGGAAACAAUUAGUUUACGGAACCGUUGGCAGCUUUGCAGCAGACGCGUUGAGGCAGGAAUUCGAGAAGGACACCACACGUGGGGAGAGGAGGUUCGACAUGGUGAUUGUGGAUGAAGUGGACUACAUGACUUUGGACAAUGUAGUUCAGGUGACGUUUCUGUCCCACGAGGCAAGUGGCCUGAGGCACCUUGGACAAGUCCUUGCUAGCAUAUGGGCCAUGGUAUCUACGUGUCAGCCAAUUGAGAUGGAAGAUACUGGAGAGAUUGAGUGGGCAACUGGAAUCCAGCAUUUUCACAAGGCUGCAAAGUUAGCAGUUAUCGGUCCAGCGACAUCUAAAGAAUUCUCUGAAUUUCACAUUUUGGAAGCCGGAGUGGAGUUGGGUAUCUAUUCAGAUGAAGAUUUUGACAUGUUCAUGCAAGCUCUAGAGAACACAGAAAGAUGAUGCAACGGAGAACAGGAUAACUGUUGAUACAUUCAUGGCCAAAGUUGGAAUUACUCAGCAGUGUGAUCUGCUCACCAUCAUGGAGAAAGCACUGGAGAAUGAUGUGGCCAUUGACUGUUACUCUGUGACAAACAAUAAAGCCGUGCUGGUUGAGGAGAAAAAGUUGCACAACAACCCUGAUAUCCUGGAAAUCAAAAUGCUUCUCUUCGAGAAUGGACGAGCCAGCGAGAUCAUACCUGAAGACAAACUCAUUAAGGCAACUGUCUCUGAGCUGAAGCCUAAAAUCAAAUUUUCUGGCAACUCUCAGUCAAACUCAGAGUUUCUUGUGAUCCCCUCUUCCCUUGAGAAAUACCUUGAGAAUCGGUUACCAGUCUUUGUGGAAAACGCCCUGAAAGCCAUCAUGAUGAUACAAGGCAGAGAGUACAUGAUUGAUCAGACGUUGGAAGCUGUCGGAGACAAGCAUCUCCACCAUGCUAUCAUCCCAGUGGACUUCCAGGCCAGUGGAGUGUUGGAGAAGAACAAACGCUGGGGGGACGGCCUGCAGCAGUUUCUGGAGAUGAAACACCAGCUGGCAACCACUCCUUUGUCCAAUGUGACAAAUUACCUAUCAAAUUUCCAUUACUUUCAAAAGUACCUAACAGGGAAUGGGAUAUUUGGUGUGUCUGGGACAUUAGGGGGCGAUGCCGACAAAGAUUUCCUUGCAAGGCAUUACGAAACAGACAGCUACACAAUUCCAGCUCACCGCCAUAAGGUUGUUGAGCUUCCAGCAAUGCAGGUCAGUGGGCAAGCCCAGUGGAUGGAAAUCCUCUGUAAGACAGCAAUGAGAGUGGCAGACAGUGGUCAGGUUGUCUUGGUCAUAUGUGAGGAUGUCAAGACCGCAAAUGAGCUUCUGAAGAAAAUAGAGAGCGAGAAUCCACAUCCCCGCAUCACAUUAUACACAAUCAGUGAGAAACACAACAUUGAGAGUAUCGAAUUCAGAGGGGGACAUAUAAUCAUAGCCACAAAUCUAGGAGGUCGUGGAACAGAUAUCAAGGUUGAUCAGGAUGUCAACCUAUGUGGUGGCCUCUUCGUCCUCCUGACACAUUACCCUGGCAGUCGCAGAGUGGAGAAACAGGUGUUCGGAAGAACUGGUCGGAAGGGAAACCCGGGCAUGGUCCAGAUGAUCCUCUGUGGGGAUAACCUUGCCCCAGCAUACCAGGGCCAGCCUGUGGAGAUCAUGAGACAAUUGAGAGAGGAGUACGAAGUCCAACGCAUCAAAGAUAUGGAGACAGAUGAGCUUCUCGAAAUAAAAAUUAAAGAGGACCUGUUUGGCACGUUUUGCGAAUUUCUUGACAAGUUUGACGGCAACUUCACAAAACAGGAGAGACUUGACCUGUCGGGAAUGGGGCCGAAUGAUGUCCCUGAGUGUUUUAAAAAUAAUGGCCCUAAGUUUGAUUACCAGCCUGCACUCAAUGCUUUGAAAGAAACAUGGGCAUUGUGGCUUACCCUUCACGAGGAGCACAUCCGUCAGCAUGAAGAUAUCAGUGUUCUUAAAGCAGACCUUCUUGAGCAUCUCACAAAUAGGGACAACAUGACUUAAUACCGAGUCCUGAUGCUAUCUCUAUCUUUACUGGUAAUGACUUAGACGAAGAGACCUCCGAGGCUGGUUCUGGAUCAGCAAACCAUAGCUCAGAGAAGGCUGAGAGUGAAGUGCCCUCUUCAUCAGCUGCUAUGCAGGAGCUCCUCUCUAGGGUUCUGAAAGCUCUGGAUAUUAAUCCAGACCCUAAGAGCAGCCGUGAGAAGAGUGUACAUUCCUCAGUGCCCCAAGUUACAGUGCACCAAUUAACUGUGUCAAACUUGGGCUAAGGUGAACUCAAGGUUCCAUCUGUCAAACCAGUACAAGCUUUGGACCUUCAUGGCUUCACCUGAAGAGUUGGUACUGGACCAGUACCCCGUCAUGGACCCCAUUGUUGCCACAAUGGUACUCCCAGACAAGGAGAUCAUUGGUAGGUCCCCCGCUGUCCUCUGUGACCUCAUCGGGUUGCUGACGACCACUUAAAGGACACCUUCCUGACUUUAGUCAUGGUGGCUCGCCUCAUGAACGCGACCACUCUGCUGCAGGCAUACCUGCACAGUCUGAUAGUUUGCCUGUCCACCGACGGUGACCCUGAGCUGACAGCUGAAAUGUCUCAGGGGUCCACACUCCUCUCCCUCUUAAACACUGAGAUGUCAUGUGCUAAUAGCAAAGCCCUGUCUACGGUCAUCUCGUCACGCAGACAGCGUUGGCUCUCACAGACAAAGAUGUCAUCCUCGGUGAAGAAACACUUUAUGGAGCUCCCUAUCUCCCCAGGCCAAGCUUUUGGUCCUGGUGUGGAUGCCAUUUUGGACCAAACGGCAAAGCUGUGGAAUGACAGAGAGAGCCUGCAGUCUUUCAUGGUUCCCCCUGCCCUGCGUUACCCUACCCAGAGACAAUUGCAGUCUAGACCUCAGCUCUCACCUGCCUCUCUCCGAACCUCCCACAAUCCAGCCACGCCCUGAUCAGCCACGUCAACAGGCUCCGGGUCAGCCACGUCAACAGGCUCCGUGGCGCCACCACCAGCACAGGCAGCGGCAUAACAAGCACCGUCCCUCUACUCCGAAGAAGGAUGGGCCCCCUCAGUCAUCCUGAUGGGUGUGGCCACGCCUUCGGGCCACUUCUCCCAUGUCCAUCGGGCAAAGUGGGAGGAGCUUUUGCUGGAUACAGUAAUACAGGGGUACAGACUCCAGUUCCGAUGCCGGCCAUCACCACCUUUCAGAGGGAUUUGGUCAACUACAACAGCCGACCCCCUGAAAAGAGAAGCUCUCCAACUGGAGAUUGCCUCCCUAAAUGGAGAAGAAUAAAAUCAGACAACUCAAAUCAUCAGUACAGCGCAGUGGAUUCUAUUGAGUAUAUUUCCUAGUAGCCAAGAGGGAUGGCGGCUUUCGCCUCUCCCAUUCAAGAUGCUAUCUUCCUCCUGCAUCCUACAGGCUAUCAGCCCAGGCCACUGGUUCACCACUGUCGACCUAAAAGAUGUCUACUUCCAUGUACUGAUCCACCCGGCUCACAGGAAGUUCCUGUGCUUUCCUGUGCAUUCAACGGCAUAGCAUACGAGUAUCAAAUGUUACCUUUUGGCCUCUCCCUGGCACCAAUACCAUUCACAAAAUGCAUAGAUGACGCUCUAGCACCCCUAUCAAGGGAUGAUGGUACUAAAUAACCUAGACGAUUGGCUAAUCUGUGCUCAGUCACGAGAACAGGCAGCAGCAGACACAACAUCUCUCCUGAAGAUGCCCUGGCCCACGAGUGGCCUAGGAAGAGGCUAUACGUCCUGAUGUAUACGCCCUAUGCCCCCUGAUGUACACAGUCUGUGUCCUGUGGAACUCAGUCCGGCUUUAAACUUACUCUUAAAAGGUGUAAUAGUAGAAUGCACAAGGUGCAAUUUAGAAUGUGGUACUGCAUCAUCAGUUCCUCUUGUCAUGUUAAUCAUUGCAUACCUUAGAGCUAUUUAUAACUUGUCAGAAAUGUCCAGAUCAACUAGCCCAUGUCAGCUAACGUUUUUAUAUACUGAACAAAUAUACUGCUCAAAAAAAUAAAGGGAACACUUAAACAACCCA